AUGGCUCCCCUCACCAGCGCCACGACGCUCAAGCGUAUUCACCGCGAAAUCGCGGACCUCAAGCGUGAAGAUCUCGGCGCAAUCUCCCUCACGCCCUCCAGCGAUAGUCUCUUCAACUGGUCCGCGACCAUCCCCGGGCCAGAAGGGAGCGUGUACGAGGGCGGCCUUUUCCAUGUUGACAUCGUCCUCGCCACAGACUAUCCGUUCUCCGCGCCCAAGGUCACCUUCCGUACCCGGAUUUAUCACAUGAACAUCAAUGAUCGAGGCAACAUCUGCAUCGAUAUCCUCAAGCAUAACUGGUCUCCGGCCCUCUCACUGUUCAAGGUCAUUUUAUCUCUUUCCUCACUCCUUACGGAUCCGAACCCCAAGGACCCACUAGUACCCUCUAUAGCAAACGAGUAUAUGCGCAAUCGCAAACAGCACGACAGUACCGCCCGACAAUGGACAGAGCUCUACGCGUGUCCGCCAACUCCACUGCCUGCAGUCUCUCCCAUAACUCGCGUUAAAGGCAAAGGCAGAGCUGAUCCCUCUGCCGCCAUAGGCUCAUCCUCAGUGCCACGCAGAGCUAAUGUGUCCGCCACGCUGGGGGGCACCAUGGAGGAAACGAUCACCAUCGACGACUCGGACGACGACACGCAUCCCACGUCUGCAUCUCGCAUGCGGAGCACGCGCUCCGCGAACAAGCGCAAGCGCAGUGCAGACAACGACGAGAUUGUGUUCGUGGACGAUGACGCAGAGGGCAGUCGGCCUGCGCGGAAGAGACGAGCGCGGACGUCCCGGGCGGGCGGGUCCACCAGAGCUGUGGAAGGCGACGUUAUCGUCAUCGAGGACUAG